AUGGCAUCGACUGACUGGUGUGAUUGUGAACUCCCGACUGAGCUUCUAAAUCUGAUAUCGCAACGAAUCGACGAUGAACUCGAUCUCAUUCGUUUUCGAUCUGUAUGUUCAACGUGGCGGCGCUCUUCCAAUUCAAAUCAUCAUCCCAAUUCUGCCCUAAAGCUUCCGCAACUCUCGUAUAAUCUCUCUGAUACCAUAAACAACAUCAACACUUCUCCGUUUUGCUGCCUCUUCAAACGCACUAUCUACCUCAUCAAACCACUACGACACCAUAAGCAACAUCGUCCUUGGUUGAUUAGAGUUACCCAAAACUCACAUGGCAAAAAACUCUUCCACCUACUCUUCAAAUCAUUCUACUAUUCCCAUUGUUUUCCUCGUGUGCUUGACUUCAACAAACUCUCCGUCCUCAAUUUAGGAACAGAUUUUAUCAUCGACCAUGGAGAUUUUAAUCUUUGUAACUACUUCUUCUACAAUAACAAGAAGCGUGAAAAGUUCCUUGCUAUCACAUGCAAUGGAGAAAAACCUAUGGUUCUUGGCAUUUCGGAAUAUUUCCCCCAUCCGAUGCUGUUCUGUUACCUCAACAACUAUUGGAAACCCAUUUCUGACAUGUCAACAAAGUAUGUAGAUAUCUGUGUGUUUAAAGGUCAAUUUUACUUGGUCGACAAUACUGGUCGGACAGUUGCAAUUGAAUCAGACUCGAGUGUCCAGUUAGUGGAUAAUCCUUUUAUUCCUGGAGAUAGAAAAUUACUGGUGGAGAGUGAGGGCGAGUUGUUGUUAGUUAAUAUUUAUGAGAAUCUUAAGACUUUUGAUGUGUUUAGUCUUGACAAGAAUAAUAAAACAUGGGUGAAGUUGAUGAGUUUAGGGGAUAGGGUUUUGUUCUUUGUGAAUAAAUGUUCAUUUUCUGCUUCAGCCUUGGAUAUGUGUGUUGUCAAAGGGAAUUCCGUUGUCUUUAUUGAUGAUACCUUCAAUAUAUAUGGGAACUGUGUUUAUCUCUUAGAUGGAAGUCAGCAAUCGUCUGCGUCUGAUUAUCGCAAAUGUUUUAAGCAUGUGCCUGAUGGUUUGGAAUAUCUCAGCUUGUUCUCGGCACCUGAAUGGAUAGUCAAAAGUUAA